AUGAAAUUAAUACAAGCUAAAUCUUUCGCGCAAGUUGAAGAAUCUCCACUUCGGUCAUUCUUUCGGCACAUUGAUUUAAAUGGCAACGAUGAACUUGAUCUACAUGAAUUACAACAUUUCUUUCAUAACAUCGAACCAGAAGAUCCUAUUCAAUUUCGAGCAAACUACGCAGCACUUGAUAUUCUCACGAAGAAAGGUGUUCCACAACAAGUCCACCUAUCUCUGCUUGCUGAUGGUACUUGGUCCACUGUGGUGGUUGUAUGGAUUAUAAAGGGUGGUAAGGAUGAGCAACAACCGCCUUCGUUCGUGCGUUACGGAAAUGCGAGCGGCAGAUACAGCUUCCAACAGGUGGCGAAGAACAGAACUUACGAUGUCGGAAUCGGAGGAUGGAAGGGAACCAUCUAUGAGGCUUGGAUGACGAGUUUAGACCAAUGUCAGACAUACUAUUACAAGGUUGGAAACUCCAAAGCAUGGUCAAACGAGAUCAGCUUCAAAACAGACUGCCCUGCCGUCACGACGCAUACAUUUGCUGUCAUGGGUGACAUGGGCACUGUCAUUCCGGCUGGUUAUCUUGUGGCUAAGCAAAUCAAAGAGGACCAUCAGGUCACACCAUUCUCGGCUGUCGUGCAUGUGGGCGACAUUAGUUAUGCUGGUACCGGCUCAAAGGAUGAGAUAGCGGAAAUUUGGGACAUAUGGGGAACGCAGAUAAAUCUUUUUUAUUAUUUUUCAGAUGCAACGUCACUUAUUAGAUGGAUUAGUUCAAAUGUUGAUAUUCCAAAUGGCUUACAAUUACUUAUGAUUGAUCUCAAUGGAAAUGUUACUAUUGAUGAUGAAUUACUUUAUAAACAAUUUUCCAAUCCAAAACGUGAUGUAGAACAACAAAAAGAUACAAUUUCGAUUUUAAAAUGGAUUAGUCGUAUUGUAUUACGCUUAGCAAGUGAUUGUUCAAUAUCAUCAAAAUCAGAUCGUUCAAUAGAAUUUGAAUCAUUUAAUGAUUUUCUUAAACAAUUUCAUACUGUUUCAACUGAUGAUCGAUCGACAUUAUCUGAUGAUGAUGAAGGAAUUAGUAGUGAUGACCUUGAUGAUGAAGAUAUUAGUCGAAAAGCUAUUCAUCGAGCUUUAAUGAAAUGUAUCGAUUAUAUAACAUCAUUUUCAAUGACUAAUUCUUCAAAUAAUGAUGAAAUUAAAAUAAAUACAAGAGAAAUGCAAGAUUUUGAAAACAAUUCUAUUGCACUUUAUAAUCAAGAAAUUAUUCAAAUUCUUUGCAGUGAUACAUUAGAAUUAGAGAUUGAAUUAGCACGUGAUCUUCGACAAUCAUCAUUUGAAUUAUCAUCAACGUUAACAACACAACCUCUUUCACAUGAUAAUAGAUUUUAUUCAGUUUGGGCAGCCUUAUGGCGUAAUGUAACUCUUGAAUAUUUACAAUUUAAUGAUCAAAAUCAAUUAAGAAAAGUUUCAUUAGAUAAUUAUGGUAAUUUAAAUAAUUCAAUGAAUGAAAAUCGUCGAUGGUCAACAAGAGAAAAUGAUCGUGUCCUUGAUGAAAUAGCUAAACAACAAAAAAAUUUAAGAAAAACAAUUCAAUUAAAUCGAAAAGACGAAUUCGAUCAUAUUUGUUUACAUGAUAAAUUAAUGUCAGAAAUAAAACAAAAACGUAUUUUAAAACCAAUUGGAAAUCAAUCAUUGAAUUCAACAACAAGUUUAGAUUCAUCUCGAAAACGAAUACGUCCUGUUAAAGAUUUAAUGGAUAGUGAUAUCAGUUCUGAUGAUGAUGAUGAACAACGAGAUGAAUAUGGUCGAAAACGAGUAGCAGUUAUUGACUGUCUUCUUGAAUCAUCAUCUCCAUCGUCACCUGAAGAUAUAAUAGAUACUAAAACAAAAAACAAAUAUAAACGUGUAAGUGAAAAUGGUGAUGAUUAUGUGGAUUUAACUAUGGAUGCUUUAACUUUAAUGAAAACUAAUAAUAAUACUAAAUCAUUAUCAAAAAAAAAAAAUUAUACACACAUAGAACCUUUUGAAUUAGAACAUAUAUCUAUGGAAGAAAUAAUUCGGCUUAUGAAAGAUAAUUCAAAUACAUUAUCAUUAACGUUUGAUGAAUUUUGUCAUAUUCGAAAUGUAAUUACACGAGCUGAAUUAGAAACUUUAUUAUUUGAUGAAAAACUAUAUUCUGAAGUUGCUCAGGGGAAGUUAUGUUUUAAUUGUCGAAAAAUACAUUUUAAUCUAUUGACAUUCACAUUUGGUAUUCAAUGUAAUGUUUGCAAACAAAAAGUUUGUCGAAAUUGUGUUACACGAAUUGCUUUGCCACAAGAAAAAUUAAAUGAUGUACCAAUUCAUACAUUUACUCCAUUAGCAUGUCCACCAUCUUUAUUAAAUUCAGAUAGAUCUUAUUCACUUGAUAAUCAAUCUCCUCUUACACCAGUAAUGAAUGAUGUAUUAAAUGAUUUAACACAUGAUGAAUCUGAAUCUCGUCGUAGUUCAACUCCAGCUAAUGUUCAUCAUAUUUCGAAUUUAAAUAAUUGGCAUACAAAACCAAUUGAUAUAUGUACAGAUUGUUUUUUUCUUUUACAACAAAUAAGAAAGAAAGCACGACAACGUCAUGUUAAUCGACCAAUAGUCCCAUCAAAAUCAUCAUCAUUUAAUCGUUCACAUUAUUCAUCAUCAUGUUCACCAUCAACUUAUAAUCUUUCAUCAUCAUCAUCUGCAUCUUCUAUUGCUGCUCUAUUAGCUCAAAAACAACAACAACAACAACAACAACAGCAACAAUGUUCAUUAAUACCAAAAUCAAAUUCUAUUCAAUCAAAUUUAAAACAAGCAAAAUCAGUACAAGAAUUAUCAGGAAAUAAUGAUCCACUACAAACAUUAACAACAAUAGGUGCAACUGGUGGCACACCAAAAGUUAGUUUAUCACGACGUCAUCUCUUCCUUAAACUUCAGCCAGCAUAUGAUGGAAAAUUAAAUAAUAUUAAAACUGGUUAA